CUUCCUUAGCGACGGACCAGCGUGGUUGUGUUUGGAGAGGUCUUGGUGGAGACUCUCCUCUGGGGCCUUGUGAGGUUAAAUUUGAAGAACCAAGUCGAUCAACAUGGCAAAGGGGAGAGGGAGGCAGAAAGGCAGAGGAAAAAGAAGCAAAGAUAAAGACAAGAAAAUGACAAAAAGGGAGGAAACAGAAUUGGAAAGAGCCCUCGCUAAUGCUUCCCUUUGGGAGGCCAAACUGGAAGUCUCAGAAAUAUCCCGGGAUGGGUAUCGUGAGGCUGUUCGGAUAUUGGCACAAUGUAAUGAAGACUUGAAGAAGCAGCAGUACAAAACGGAGAAAGAUACAAUGGCUGUAUUAAGCUACAUUAAAAGACAAGAUUCAGAAAAAGAUCUUAUUAUUGAAAAACUGAAACAGCAGUUAAUAGAAGCAAAAGACUCAUGCGAGAUCGAGAAGGAAAUUCUGCAAGAACACUACUCUUAUAAAAUUAAUGAGUUGGAGGGGCAAUUCCAUCAGAAAACUAAGGAAAUUGGCUUAAUUCAGAUAGAAAUGAAAACAAUAAAGCAGUUCCAAAAGAGGAAAACUCAAAUAGAAAGAGAAUUAGAAGAGCUAAAGGAUGCUUUAAGAAAUUCAGAGAAGAAGCAUCAAGAUGUUCUUCGAAGGUUGGAAGGCAGAUUUUUUGAAGAAAAGUGUCGACUAGAGAAAGAAGCUGAGAAGAAGGUAGUCAUGCUGGCAGAGAGAGCCCACCAAGAGGCCAUUGUUCAGUUGGACAGUGUUGGGAGAGCUGUAUUUAAAGAGAAUGUUCGUCUCCAGAAGGCUCUUGCUUUCCAUAUGAAAGAAGCCACUGAUCUGCAGAUGACCUCAAAAAAGUUGCAAGAUAACCAGACUUUGCUCCUACAACAGAAGGAAACCAAUGAGUUGUUGAUUAGGGAAAAGAUCAUGCAAGUUACUCAGCAGAAAGACCAGAUCGAGUGUCUCCAGAAGAAAGUGAAAAAACUGGAGACAGCCCUGGGACACAUGGCUACUGAGUUUGAGACCGAAAUUAAAAAAAUUCAAGAGCGCGCAUUUAUAGAGAAUCAGGCAGGCCGGGUGGAAAUUAACAAGCUGGAACAAGUCCUUCAGAUGAAGGACAAAGAGAUGAAUCGAGUGAAGAAGUUGGCCAAGAACAUCUUGGAUGAGCGAACAGAAGUGGAGCGGUUCUUCCUUGAUGCUCUAUAUCAAGUGAAGCAACAAAUAAGUCUUAGCAGGAAGGAAUACAAAGAGAUGGCACAAGCAGCUUUUAAUUUUAAAAUGAGAGAGGCUUUUGCAGGAAGAACAGAGUAUCCCAAAAUCCGGACAUUUGAUGGCAGAAUCCACAGCACCAAUAGUGUAAACCAAGAUCUUAGGCAGGCAGAGAAAUGGACAAACAUUAAAAAAGGAAUGGAUGUGGAUAUUGGAGACUUGACAUGGGAACAGAAGGAAAAAGUUUUGAGAUUACUCUUUGCAAAAAUGAAUGGCAAUCUUCUAGGGAGUAAGAAAAAAGCUGCUGUCCCUUCAGUUCCACACUAUGUUACUCUCAACACUAGAAAAAAAGACACUUUGAGGGAUGAUGAUAAUAUCCAGGAUCAGACCUUCAUCACUCAGCAAGUUCCACUCACAGGAUCUAGUGACCUUGUCCUUCCUACUAUUCCAAAAAGACCAGAUCAUAGUGUAUCAUAAAUCUGAUCAGUUUCAUAUCCUUUUAAUCUUUCCCAGUGAAAGCACUCAUUGGGAGUUUCCUUUUUCUAGACAAGGAGUUCUUAAGGAUCUAUGCUGAUAAAUAGCUCAAUUAUGGGAACAGGGAAACUUUUAAAGUAUAGCCACAUUGAAAAAGAAACAUUGUUUCUAGUAUAAGAUGAAUUAUGCCUCCCUUAGUGUGACAUGUAAUUAUGGCUUGGCUGUUUAUUUUAAAAGACAAAUAUACACAUCCUUAUGAGCUAGUGCCUUUAAACUACAAUUGGUUCAAUUAGUGCAAUCUCAAGAAUCCCUAAGGCUAUGAAAUUUAUAUGAUGACUUUCUAUUAUUACCCAGGGUAUGAUUUGGAAUGAAACAUGAACAUAUGUAUGCACAGAUAUAAAUUCACAUACAUUAUGGGUUCUUAUAUACACAACCUAGAUUUAACAUAUAUUGCCCAUCAAACCACACAAUUUUAUUAAGAGGAUAAAAUAAGGGGCAGUCUGCCUUUCCAAAUAUAGAUCUUCAUUACCCUUAUUAAAAGUUAGCACUUUAGAAGAGA